GCCUCCGCGCGGGGACGCGGCGCCGGGCGCGGGACGCGAGCGCAGGGCCCGCGCCGGCGAGCGGGCCCAGCCCCGAGCCGCGCGGCGCCCGCCGGAAAGUUUCCGCCCGCCCCAGGAGCCGGCGGCCCUCAUCCUCCUGUGCCAGCCCUGCCCGACCCGGCCCCAUGCCCCCUCCCGCCAGCCCUGGGCCACAGGCAGAGAGCAGGCGUCCGGGAGCCGAGGCCCUGUGACCAGGCCCAGGAGACAGGGGCUCGGGGGCCCGGCCACCUGCCCCUCCAUGGAGCUGAGGCCCUGGGUGCUCUGGGUGGCAGCAGCGGCAGGAGCCUUGGUCCUGCUAGUGGCUGAUGCCCGUGGCCAGAAGGUCUUCACCAACACGUGGGCCGUGCACAUUACAGGGGGCCCGGCCGUAGCUGAGAGUGUGGCCCGUAAGCAUGGCUUCCUCAACCUGGGCCAGAUCUUCGGCGACUAUUACCACUUCUGGCACCGAGCAGUGACAAAGCGGUCCCUGUCACCCCACCGCCUGCGGCACAGCCGUCUACUUCGGGAGCCCCAAGUCCAGUGGCUGGAGCAGCAGGUGGCCAAGCGGCGACCCAAACGGGACGUGUACCGGGAGCCCACGGACCCCAAGUUUCCCCAGCAGUGGUACCUGUCUGGCGUCACCCAGCGGGACCUGAACGUGAAGGAGGCCUGGGCCCAAGGCUUCACGGGCCACGGCAUCGUGGUCUCCAUCCUGGACGACGGCAUCGAGAAGAACCACCCGGACUUGGCAGGCAAUUAUGACCCCGAGGCCAGCUUCGACGUCAACGACCAGGACCCCGACCCCCAGCCUCGGUACACGCAGAUGAACGACAACAGGCACGGCACCCGCUGCGCAGGGGAGGUGGCUGCUGUCGCCAACAACGGAGUCUGUGGUGUUGGCGUGGCCUACAAUGCCCGCAUCGGAGGGGUGCGCAUGCUGGACGGUGAAGUGACGGACGCGGUGGAGGCCCGCUCGCUGGGCCUGAACCCCAACCACAUCCACAUCUACAGUGCCAGCUGGGGCCCCGAGGAUGACGGCAAGACAGUGGACGGGCCUGCCCGCCUGGCCGAGGAGGCCUUCUUCCGGGGGGUCAGCCAGGGCCGCGGGGGGCUGGGCUCCAUCUUCGUCUGGGCCUCGGGAAAUGGGGGCCGGGAGCACGACAGCUGCAACUGUGACGGCUACACCAACAGCAUCUACACACUGUCCAUCAGCAGCGCCACACAGCUGGGCAACGUGCCCUGGUACAGCGAGGCCUGUUCCUCCACGCUGGCCACCACCUACAGCAGCGGCAACCAGAACGAGAAGCAGAUUGUGACCACUGACCUGCGGCAGAAGUGCACCGAGUCCCACACGGGCACCUCGGCCUCUGCCCCUUUAGCAGCGGGCAUCAUCGCCCUCACCCUGGAGGCCAACAAGAACCUCACCUGGCGGGACAUGCAACACCUGGUGGUCCAGACCUCGAAGCCAGCACACCUCAACGCCAACGACUGGGCCACCAACGGCGUCGGCCGGAAAGUGAGCCAUUCCUACGGCUACGGGCUGCUGGACGCUGGCGCCAUGGUGGCCCUGGCCCAGAACUGGACGACGGUGCCCCCUCAGCGGAAGUGUGUCAUCGACAUCCUCACGGAGCCCAGGGACAUUGGGAAGCGGCUGGAGGUGCGGAAGUCGGUGAGCGCCUGCCUGGGAGAGCCCGGCCACGUCAGCCGGCUGGAGCAUGCGCAGGCGCGGCUCACCCUGUCCUACAACCGGCGCGGGGACCUGGCCAUCCACCUGGUCAGCCCCAUGGGCACUCGCUCUACCCUGCUGGCUGCCAGGCCGCACGACUACUCGGCUGACGGUUUCAACGACUGGGCCUUCAUGACCACCCACUCCUGGGACGAGGACCCCGCUGGCGAGUGGGUCCUGGAGAUCGAAAACACCAGUGAAGCCAGCAACUACGGGACACUGACCAAGUUCACGCUGGUGCUGUAUGGCACCGCCAGUGAGGGGUCGCCCACACCUCCUGAGAGCAUCGGCUGCAAGACCCUCACGUCCGGCCAGGCCUGCGUGGUGUGCGAGGAGGGCUUCUCCCUGCACCAGAAGACCUGCGUGCAGCGCUGUCCCGCCGGCUUCGCCCCCCAGCUCCUGGCCACGCACUACAGCACCGAGAACGACGUGGAGACCAUCCGGGCCAGCGUCUGCGCUCCCUGCCACAUCUCGUGUGCCACCUGCCAGGGGCCGGCCCCCACGGACUGCCUCAGCUGCCCCAGCCAUGCCUCCCUGGACCCUGUGGAACAGACCUGCUCGCGGCAGAGCCAGAGCAGCCGGGCCUCCCCGCCGCAGCAGCCGCCGGGGCCUCCCGCCAAGGCCGAGGCCGAGCCGGACCUGCGCGCCGGGCUGCUGCCCUCACACCUGCCCGAGGUGGUGGCCGGCCUCAGCUGCGCCUUCAUCGUGCUGGUCUUCGUCACUGUCUUCCUGGUCCUGCAGCUGCGCUCCGGCUUCAGCUUCCGGGGGGUGAAGGUGUGCGCCAUGGACCGCGGCCUUGUGUCCUACAAGGGGCUGCCCCCCGAGGCCUGGCAGGAGGAGUGCCCGUCGGACUCGGAGGAGGACGAGGGCCGGGGCGAGAGGACCGCCUUCGUCAAAGACCAGAGUGCGCUCUGACGCCUCGGCUGCCCCGGCAUCCACCAAAGUAUUUUUUCUAUCUUGGGACUCUGGGUUUGCACCCCGGUAGGGAGGCAGGAGGGCUGUGACCGCGCCCCUCCACCCCGCCACCUACACCAGCCCUGGGGGGUCCCCCCAUGCCUGAAGUGGGGGCCCCAGGGGCCUCCCGGCUCCUGCAUCUCGUGUGUGGAGACGCACAUGGGUGAGACGGAGUGCGGCUCUCCCAGCCCGCUCCCUGCAUUCCCUGAGGAGUGAGGGGGGCGGCCCUUCUCUUCCAGACGCCCACCCGGCUGCAGCUCCCUCGCCCCUCCCGACCCCCUACAGCAAUAAUGGUCCCCUCCAGGCAGCAGGGGGGCUGGCCCCUCUCCAAGGGCUUUGGCACCCCGCCCUGCCCCCCUACCCCUCCCCACCCCACCCGCCUCCCUGGGGCGUCAGCGGUGAGCCAAGAAGGGACCAAGGCCAAGCACCGGUGCUCCGGGGCGUGCGUCUGUGUAUGUGCACGCCCCUUCACCCACCUUCACAGCCGCCCACCGAGCAAGCGGGGCUGCAGGGGGUGGGGGGCACGGCCACACCCCGCCCCUGCCAGCCCGGGUCCCUGUUUUCUGAGCCCGGGGCUGCCUGGGCUGUUGGCACUCACAGUCCCAGAGCCCCUGGGUGGGAGGUGGGGAGGUGACACGGCCCAGCCAGCCUCUCGCCUCCCGCCCGAUGCUGCUUUCCCCUGUGGGGAUCUCAGGGGCCGUUUGAGGAUAUAUUUUCACUUUGUGACGAUUUCACUUUAGAUGCUAAUUUUUCUUGGGGGGGUGUGUGUGUGUUUCAUUUUGUAUUUUUUAAGGGGGGUAGCAGCGGGACCACCCACCUUCCCAAGCCCAGAGUCCAUGCUGCUGUCCCCCCAGCUGCCCUGGCCGUGAGGUGUGUGUGUGGGGGGGUGGGGGGGCUGUAGCAAGUUGCUGAGGAGUGAGAGGAGUUGAACCCCACUUCUGGGAGGGGCAGGCAGGCCCCAGGAAAGGGGGGCGCUGGGAGGGGCAGGCUGUCGCCCACGCUUCAGCCGGGGCUUGUUGUGCCAAGGGCUUGUGGGCUCUCUAAGUGCCAGGGGUGGACAGGAGUGGCCCGAGCCCCCUCCAACACUGUGUCCUGGUAGAGAAAGCCCUGACCUAUCGUCCUCCCAAGCCCCCCCUUCUGACGUGCCUUCUGCACCCCUCCCAUGAGGACAAUCAGGCCCCCCCAUCUGUCCGGGAACCCCUAUUCUUUCUCCUUCCCUUCCGGGUACCCAGCCACCUGCCCAGGGGUGCCCCUGCCCUCCCACCCCGCCCCGUGGCCAGCCCGGCAGGUUUUGUAAGAUACUGGGUUGGUGCACAGUGAUUUUUUUUUUCUUGUAAUUUAAACAGGCCCAGCAUUGUUGGUUCUAUUUAAUGGACAUGAGAUAAUGUUAGAGGUUUUAAAGUGAUUAAACGUGCAGACUAUGCAAACCAGA